GAAUAGAUCCAACCGUAAAACGAGAGACAAAGAGUUAGAGAGGAGAGAGAGAGAGAGAGGGAUGGCAGAAUUGUUCAUUAAGCAGGCGGAGAAUUACGCGGAGGGUCGGCCUAGUUUCCCUCCAGAGUUGUUUGAAUUCAUUGCUUCCAAGACACCCUCUAAAGACCUUGCGUGGGACGUGGGCACCGGAAGCGGUCAGGCUGCUCGAUCGCUUGCUGGGAUCUACAAGAAUGUGAUAGCCACGGAUACAAGCCCAAAGCAGCUCUCAUUUGCGCCAAGGCUACCCAAUAUAAGAUACCAACAAACCCCCCCCACCAUGUCUAUUGCCGAGCUUGAAAGCAUUGCUCCUGAAUCAAGCGUGGAUGUUGUGACGAUUGCUCAGGCCCUCCACUGGUUCGACCUCCCUAAUUUCUACCAACAAGUGAAAUGGGUACUCAAAAAACCCCAUGGGGUCAUAGCCGCAUGGUGCUACACCGUGCCAGAAGUCAAUGACUCUGUCGACUCAGUCUUCCUACCCUUUUAUAAUGUUACUGUAGAACCCUAUUGGGAGCCGGCACGUAAAUUAGUGGACGACAAGUACAGGAGCAUCCAUUUUCCAUUUGAGCCGGUGGAUGGAGUUGAUCACACUGGGCCAUUUCAGUUUGUAACUGAAAAAUUGAUGGAUUUGGAUCAUUAUUUUACUUACUUAAGAUCGUGGUCAGCGUAUAACACGGCGAGGGAGAAGGGUGUGGAGCUUUUGAGCGAUGAUGUGAUUGAGAAAUUUAAGCGUGCUUGGAGUGAAGAUGGACAAGACCAGAAGAUCGUGAAGUUUCCGGUUUAUCUGAAGAUUGGAAGAGUGGGGAAUAUUGUGUGAAUCAUAAGACUAGCUUAGAUCAACUGUGGCUCGAAAGGAUUGAUGAACCCAUCUCCUUUUUCAAUAAUUUUGGAAGCAAUAUAACAGUUGUGUGUAUCAAAUCGCCAUUUUAUACAAUGGAUUUCUGCUUUUGAAUGCUAUUGAUUAGAAAAUUAAAUGCCAUGCAUUUUUUUUA